UUGCAUAAGUGACACUUUACAAGAUUAAUCUCUACUGUAAUAGUUCUAUUUACUAUCCCACUGGGGUAAAAAUUUGUAGGAUCAGUAGCUGCUUAAGGGGUUAGGGGUAGUCAGAAUUUUCAAAAAAUCGAUUUUUUUUUUUUUGCAUUUUCUUAAAGUAUAAUAUUUUAAAAAUAUUGUGUGAAAAUUUGAAGUGAAUCCGACAAAUUCUUUUCGAGUUAUUUAACAAUGACCAAAGGACGCUCGGGUGCUACGUGGCAUUCGAGAGCAGGUAGCUAGAAACAGCUGCAAGCAACCGACCUUUCGGGUUUCAUUGUCAUGAAUAUCUCCCCAUUUUAAUGUAGUACAAGAACUGAAAAAUAAUUUUUGGUUGCCAGUAUACCUGUAGUCGUUGCACUGAUCAGUCGAUAGUUUUGUGAUAAAUUAUUUCUCAAGUGAAUUAAAUUAUUAACCAUGGGACGUGAUUCUAGAAAGGUUUCAAGAGAACUUCGGAGUUCUGAAAAAAUUAAUAAGUCACGUUCAGUCAAAAGAAAGAAUGUUUUUAAUCCGAAAACAGCCGAACGUGAUGAAAGUAUUCAGAGUACAUCUUCUAAAAAAUUAAAACAAAACACUGAAGAUGAUGUACCUGAAGACAGCAGUACUGAAUUUCGAAUAAUAAAUUUUAUUCAGGUAUUCACUGCAAUUUCUGCUCUUAUAAAAUGUAAAAAAUGUGAUGGAAAUGUAGUGUUUCAAACAGCAAGUACACGUGGGCUGGGAUUCAAAAUUGUAGUUGCAUGUAAUAACUGUGGAAAUGAAUAUAUUCCUUCCUGUUGAAAAUAUGAAAUCUGCUAUAAUGGCAACCUUUUAUCACUACGGCUCGAGUGAUGAAAAACCGAAUCAUGAUAUGUGUCCAAAAGGCGAAGAAUCUUGGUGCUCUUACCAGCGCGCUGAAGCAAGAGGAGAGCUUGAUACCUUUUCUCACGAUUAUUCUCCUUUACCUUCUGAUGUUUUAAAAGCUAUCAAGCCUAUAUACGAAGAUCUUAGUAAUGAAAAUUUACUUUCAAGAUGUGUAGGUGGAUUCAAUCAGAAUAAUAAUGAAAGCUUUAACCAACUAGUAUGGAAAAUAUGCCCAAAAACGGUAAAUACUAGUUUUACUAUCGUACAAAUAGCUGCAUACGUUGCUAUGUGUAUAUUUAAUGAGGGUAUAAAUUCAUUAUUAGUCUUGAUGAAUACACUAGGACUUAAUUGUGGGCCUAAUUCUCAUCGGUAUGCAGAAAGAAUGGAUGCUGCACGUAUCAAAGUAGCAGAUAAGCGCGCUAAUGAUAACACCCGAGAAGGUCGAUUGCAACGUAGGCACCAGCAAAUCGAUAUUUUGGAAGCUGCUAUGUCGGCUGAAGAGCUAUUAUAUGGUCCAGGAAUAGAUGACUCAGUAUGAAUCUCCAAGGACUUAUGAUGAUCACCGCAAAGGACUUCGGGAGGAACGGGCUCUACAAAAACAGCGAUAACUUUUUGAAUUAUUAAUUUUUUUUUUUGAAAUUUUCGUGAAGUCAAAUCGAAACGUGUUCUAAUAAAGCUAUGUUUUUAUUUUUGUCAAAUAAAGUAAUUAACUACAAAAAAAAAAUUAUUGAAAAUCAUCAUUUUUUCAUACCCCUGAGUACCCCU